AUGAAGUUCACUGGAAUCGUCGCUUCUCUGGCUGUUGCCAGCUCUGUCUCUGCUCUGGCCAUCCCUCAGACCCCUGUUGAUGCCACCCUGAGCAAGCUGAACAAUGCCCUCAACAAUGUUGAGGGUCUCGUCGGUGGUCUCCUCGGCGGCGUCUGCCAGGAGGUCGACCUCACCCAGGUCCAGACCGAACUCACCGACAUCAAGGGCCAGCUGACCAAGCUCGUCCCUGUCUCUGUUGCCAGCAAGCGUGAUAUCGUGGGCACGGCUAGCAAUGUUGCUAUGCCCGUCACUAAUGUCGCUGGCGGCGCAGUCAAGACCGUUGAGGGUGUUGCUAAGCCUGUCACCGAUGUCGUCGGUGGCGCUGUUGGCACCGUCAAGGACACUGCUGGCGGCGCUGUUGUCACCGUUAAGAACAUUGCCUCUGGUGCCGUCGAGACUGUUACCGGCACCGUCGGCGUCAACAUCCUUGCGCAGAACCUGGUCAGCAAGGUUAAGAGCGGUGUCCUUGACGCUGCCGGUGUCGAGAACGUCCUCAACACUAUCGGCCAGGCUGGUGGUCUCUCUCCUACUUCCAUCACCUCCAUCCUCGCGGGGCUCCUUUAA